AUGGAGGAGAGCGAGAAGAAGAAAAGGGGCGACGGGGCGGGGGACGCUCGAGCGGAGAAACGAGAGCGGGCUGAAAAAGAAGAAGAAGAAGCAAAGCAAGAAGAAGGAGACCAAGACGAGCUGCUGCUGCCCGUGAGCCGCGCCGAUUUUGUCUCAAAGUACGCUGUCAAGGGCCUCUCGGACAUCUACUACCAACCCGACUGGAUCGACGCAAAGACGGCGUCCAAGUGGCACCGCGAGCUGUGCACGCUCGAGCAGUGGUACCGGCCGACGCUCAAGGUGUACGGACGCGAAUUCCAGCAGUCGCGCGCCAUUGCUGCCUUUUCCACCAAGGCCGGCCUCAAGCUCAAGUACAGCGGCCACGACGUCGACAUGCAUGCGCCUUUCCCCCCACUGCUCGACGAGAUUGCCAAGAAGCUGCGGCGAGACUUGGGCGUGGGCUUCAACCAUGCCAUGCUCAACCGGUACGAGAGCGGCGACGUCCACAUCGGCAAGCACAGCGACAACGUCGAAAACAAGGUCAUCGUCACCGUCUCGCUCGGCGCGCCGCGGAGCUGGAUCAUGGAGGAGAAAGAGACAAAGGAGCGGCACCGGUGGACACUCGCAAAUGGCAGCCUGCUCGUCAUGCAGGGCGACGUCCAGCGGCGGUACACGCACGAGAUCCCAAAGGAGAAGAGGAUCAAAGACUCGAGAAUCUCAAUUACAUUUCGCCAGCUGAUCUAUUCAUGA